AUUCCCCCCCCGGCUGGGUUUUGGGGGGGGGGGCGGCUCUGGGCACGGGGAGGAGAAAUUCGCCUUUGCGCGCGCCCCGUCCGCGCCGACAGCUCCAAACCCACCUCGUUUUGUUUUCCUGCCCCAGGGGAGAAGCUGGAUUACAAGGCCUGCGAGGCCCUGGAGGAAAUUUUCAAGCGGGUCCAGUUCAAAAUUGUUGACUUGGAGCAAACGAGCCUGGAUGAAGACGGCGCCUCGGCGCUGUUCGACAUGAUCGAGUACUACGAGUCGGCCACGCACCUCAACAUCUCCUUCAACAAGCACAUCGGCACGCGGGGCUGGCAGGCGGCCGCGCACAUGAUGAGGAAGACGAACUGCCUGCAGUACCUGGACGCCCGCAACACGCCCCUGCUGGACCACUCGGCCCCCUUCGUGGCCCGCGCCCUGCGCAUCAGCAGCAGCCUGGUGGUGCUGCACCUGGAGAACGCCAGCCUCUCGGGGCGCCCCCUCAUGCUGCUGGCCACGGCGCUGAAGAUGAACAUGAACCUGCGCGAGCUGUACCUGGCCGACAACAAGCUGAACGGGCUGCAGGACUCGGCGCAGCUCGGCAACCUCCUGAAGUUCAACUGCUACAUCCAGAUCCUCGACCUGAGGAACAACCACAUCCUCGACUCAGGCUUGGCGUACAUCUGCGAGGGGCUGAAGGAGCAGCGCAAAGGGCUGGUCACCCUGGUGCUGUGGAACAACCAGCUGACUCACUCGGGCAUGGCGUACCUGGGGAUGACGCUGCCUCACGCCCAGAGCCUGGAGACCCUGAACCUGGGCCACAACCCCAUCGGCAACGAGGGCGUCCGCAACCUGAAGAACGGCCUCAUCGGGAACCGCUCCGUCCUGCGCCUCGGCUUGGCUUCCACCAAGCUGACCUGCGAAGGUGCCGUGGCGGUGGCGGAAUUCAUCGCGGAGAGCCCGCGGCUGCUGCGCCUCGACCUGCGGGAGAACGAGAUCAAAACGGGCGGCCUCAUGGCGCUGUCGCUGGCCCUCAAGGUCAACCACUCGCUGCUGCGCCUCGACCUGGACCGGGAGCCCAAGAAGGAGUCCGUGAAGAGUUUCAUCGAAACGCAGAAGGCUCUCCUCGCCGAAAUCCAGAACGGCUGCAAGCGCAACUUCAUCCUGGCCAAAGAGAAGGAGGAGAAGGAGCAGAAGCUGCAGCAGUCGGCCUCCAUGCCCGAAAUCACCGUCACGGAGGCCCUGGAGGAAGGCCCCGGGGAGGACGACAGCGCGGCCUCCACCCCGGAGGAGGGCGAAGAGGCCGGGGAGGGCCCCGUGUCCUCGGAGAACGGCGACGCGGAGCCGGCGGAGGACGGCGACGACCGCGACGGCGCCACGGACUCCGACUCGGACACGGAUGAGGAGGAGGAGGACGCGGGGUUGGCGACGAAGGACUUGAGCCAAGCGCGGGGACAAAACGAUUCCGGCGGCGCCGCCGCGGCGUCCCCGCAGCAGGCGAGGGCCGGGCGCGAUGCCGAGGCACCGCAGCACGCCGCCGGCGCGGGGAGCCCCUCCGCGUCCCCCCAGGGGAACGAGCGGAGGAUUUCGGUCUCCAGCCCCGGGCGAGGCCAUAAAAUCUUUGUGGUGACGCGCGUGGAGAGCCUGCCGGAGCGAGCGGCCGCCACCGCGUGCCCGCGGGAGGACGGGGACGGCCCCGCCGCCAAACCCGCCGAGCCCCCGGCCCCGACGCCGGCCUCCGAGUCCCCACUGCGGGACCCGCGGGCGAACGGGGCGGCUCCGGCCUCCGCCACCGGCGUGGACGCGGCGCCGAGCCCCGAGGAGCGCGGCAACCCCGCGCCCUGCGAGAGCCAGGCCCGCGACGCCGCCCUCCCCAACGGGCUGAAGACGGAUUUCGCGCGGGCGCUGCCCGACGUCUCUCCGGAGGGCGACGGGAAAGCGGGGAGCUGCGCGGCCGAGCACGAGCUGAGCUGCUCCAAGAACGAGAAGGAGCUGGAGGAGCUGCUCCUCGAGGCCAGCCAGGACACCGGGCAGGAGCCGCUGUGACGCAGACCCCACAUCCGGGAGGCUGCGGCCGGCGCCCGCGUCGCUUCGUUCUCUUCCCGCUCCGCACGAUCCCGAACCUCGGGCUCCAGGACGAGGGUCGCUUCCCCCCCCGCGCCCCCCGCUGCCGCUGCCCCCCUCCCGGCCGCUCUCCCCGCUCCUUCCCCGGAGCAGAGCCCGCAGCGGGGCCGGGGGGGUGCCGGCCGCACACUACAGGGCCCGGGGACGCCGCGCGCGCCCCCGCCGCCGUCCGCGGAGGAGCCCGUGUCACCAGACGAGCUGCCCAGGACAGGCUGCCUCCGCAGCCACAAUGGUUAUUUAUUUUAAAAUUCCUUUUUUUUUGUUUUGUUUUGUUUUGUUUUGUUUUGUUUUGUUUCGGUAUCUAUUUAUCGUGAGCUGCAAAGCACCGGGUGGGGAUUUAGAGGACGAUGUAGAUUUAAUUCCUCCUAGGCUAACCUUGCAACCUCUCUGAGCUGCUCCUGGCCUGCAAAAAAAAAAAAAAAAAAAAAAAAAACUCUGCUGGAAAAUGAAAAAAAAAAAAAAAGGAAAAAAAAAAAGGAAAAAAAAAAGAAAGAAAACACACAAAAA